AUGACUUUGAACGAGGCGAUUCGUUUGCGUGGCUUCCAGCAGCCUCCAACCAAUCCGGCCGCCUGGUAUGCCUACAAGCACAAAACCCGGUUGGAGAAGUGGGCAGCGCCUGCAAUCUGGACGUUGCUCCUCCUGGGCGUCGUCGAGACUCCGCUGUGGUGCAACAGCAAGCUCGGUUCCACAGGAGGUUCUUGCCCGGCUGGCGAAAGCCCCGAAUUCCUCCUCAGCGGUUUGCUAUACCUUCCUGUCGCGUGGGCUGUGGGAGUCGAGCUGUGUAUCCUGACCUUCCUCUUGGUGCACUUCGUGGUACAUCUCCGACUGUUCAGCGCCAUGAAGGGCUACGGCCAUGCCACGACAGCAGGCAAAUUGCUCGUCGAGGGAGCGCUGAUCGCUUUAAGCUACGUGGACUUGGCUUCCUUUGUCGCCGGCUCGACGAUGCGCGUUGCGCCAGUCCUCAGAUUCGGCCUCGCUGCAUGUGCAGUGCCACGACUGCAGGAGUUGCUGCUGUCCUUCAUCCGGACAACAAAAGCCGUGAGCAAGGUUGGCAUGUUUCUGGUCUACACGGUGCUCCUCUUUGCUUUCGUGACUGCUUCCACCUUUGAUGAUGUCGAGGACAAUGAUCCAUUUGGCACUCCUGCGAAUACAGGCUUUACGUCGUUCAGCAGCGCGGUGUACACAUGCUUCGCAGCUCUGACAACAGCAACACUGCCGGAUGCACUGGUGCCAACAUACAGCACAGAACGGAUCUACGCCUUGAUCUGGAUACCCUUCAUCUUCAUGGGGUCCGUGCUUCUGAAGCAGGUAAUCCUGGCUGGUGUUUAUACCGACUACAGCCAGAAUGCCAAGAUCAAUUUGAUGGAAGGUCGCAAGCUUCGACAAUCCGGCAUCGAGUCCGCCUUUGCCCUGCUGAAGACAGCAAAGGAAGAGAAGGGCGCUGCCGUGAGGUUCAAUGAUUUCGAGAAGCUGGUGGACGCCAUGAGUGUGCUGCUGGACAUGUCCGGGACGAAGGAGAUGCUGCGCGUGAUCUUCCAAGCCUUGGACGACAACCUGGACGGCGUCUUGGACUGGUCCGAGUUUCAGGAGAUGUGCGAUGUGCUUCAGUUUCAGUUCGACAUCACGAAACGUGAUGCACCUUUGAAGGAAUGCCUAACCGGAACAUCCUUGGGAAGGUGGAUGAAGAAGCUCAUGGAGAACGGCUCCCGAUCAUUUUGGCUGCGGGGCUGGGUGGAGAUGGGGCCUGGCCAGGUCAUGAACACGGUGGUCACCGCGAAUGUGUUUUGGGUCGUUUUCGAAUCCAUCAUCGACAUGAACGACAUCAAGGAGCCCGCGUGGGUAGUCAAUGUGGACCUCUCGUUCUCCCUGGUCUACAUGCUUGAGGCCCUCCUGAAGCUGUCCUACUGGUCCUGGGAGGAGUUCUGGUUCCAUUCCGACAACAGGUUUGACCUGGUUACCAGCAUCAUCCUGAGUGGCGUGGCUGUUGUCUUCCUGACGGUCCAACACAUCUCGGUUGAAACGCUUCGCAGUGCCAACGUGCUACGACUACUUCGAGUCCUGAAGGCUUUGAAGCACGUCAAAACCUACAGGCGCACAAGCAUGAUUGUCAGCAAGCUCUUCAGCACGUGUCGCGAGGUUCUGUUGCUGAACGUCUUGGUGGUGUUGCUCUGGGCCUCCAUUGGAGUCGAAAUCUUCGGAGGUCGCUUGGUGCCUUCGAACCCCAGGCUCUCAGAGGACUUGGGGUAUUUCCAGAGCCACUACCAGGUGUUGAACUUCAACGACGUUCCGAUGGGGAUGAUGACACUUUUCAUGUGGACCCUGGGCGAAUGGAACGAUGACCUGGCCACUGCCUGCUUGGAGUCUUGGCUUGCGAUCUUCUCUCACUUUGGUACUGCGUGGUGA